CGCGACUUUUCACUCACAACAUCGUGAAAUUACCAAAUGCUUUAAAUUUUGUCUACGUAUCUGGACCCAGGUAGCUAGCGUUGGACGUCAGACAGGCUAGUCUGGCACUGGAGCCCAAUUUUUGAUUUCCUAUCAGACGGAAACGCCACUCACUCAUAUCGUAUUAUAUUUUACCUGGGUGGUUAUACAGAAUUCCCUCCUUAAUGCAUACUCGUCCUCAAACCUAUUGCGCCGAAAGCAAUUCGUUGCUAUAAAAUAAUUCGAAUUACUCUCGCUUUAGCCCUCUAUCUAGUUUGCCACUCACAGCCACCUCAUACGAUUUGCCUCUUCCCGCAGUCCGCUCGGCAUGUCUGACGAUCCGGUGCCUCUGGCAUCUCUGUCGCUUACGCACGUCCACUAUGACCCUUCCGACCCCAUAUCCUACCUCUGCGCCUGGCUGGCCCUGAUCCCCCAGGGGCUAUGUGUCAUGUAUGCGACGCUGAUCUGGUCGACCCGCGAGAUCGAAAUAGCACUUCUGUUCGCGGGCCAGCUCGCCUGCGAGGCCCUCAACUUCGCGCUUAAGAGAUUGAUUAAGGAGGAGCGACCGCGCCUCAUGAACGGGAAGGGCUAUGGAAUGCCGAGUAGCCACGCGCAGUUCGUCGCGUACUUCGCUGUCUCGAUAACCCUGUUUCUACUCUUUAGACACCAACCGCCGAGCCCCAGAGUCAGGAAACGGAAUCACACGCCGAUGAGUUUGCUUGAGAGGGCGGGGUGGAGCGCGAUCGGGCUGGGCAUGGCGGCUGCGGUUGCGUGGAGUAGGGUAUAUUUGAACUACCAUACCGAGAAACAGGUUCUGGUAGGCACUGCUGCCGGGGUGGUGAGCGCCGUGGGUUGGUUCAUUAUUACGACUAUAAUACGGCGGUCGGGCUGGUUAGCAUGGGCAUUGGAUACGCCUAUAGCCAAGUUCUUCCGCGUCAGGGAUCUCGUUGUGGAAGAAGACCUAUGCCAGGCCGGCUGGGAAAAAUGGGAUGAUAAGAUGACAGCACAAAAAGCUAAGCGAAAACACAAGUAAACUACUCCUCUUGUAGCUUGAGGUUACCCAAGUUAGUUAAUAGUUCACACUACUUUGGCGAGCGGCCACGACGAAAAGAAAGUUCAUCUUGAGCAGGCUCGAGAGGACUACCUAUACGUAAUGGGAAAAAUAUAAGGCUUCUACAUCAACGUAAAAAGCCGCUUUGAAUGAUACGAGGUUACCAAGCUGCUAAGCAGUAUGCCAGAUGCUACAAAUGAAAGUUAACG